GCUCUGCGAUCGGAAUGUGUGUUGUAUUUCACUGAAAAGAGGAGAGAGCGAGAGUGCAUCUCCCUCUCUCCCAGGAGUUUGGGGGGGACCGUCCGCGCUCAUCUCGCCCACCCACUGAAUGUCUGCUCUGCGCCCCUUAGCACACACUCUCCGGGUUGUUGUUUUCGGCUUUUUUUUUUUUUGGAGGGGGGGGUGCUUUUUGUGUAUUUUUAAAUUUUUUUUUUUCUCUUGGAAGAUCAAGACCGGCCAAAAAUCCAUGAUCAAAAUGUGUUUGCAUUAGAUUUCGCAUUGGAAGAAGCGACGAUCCUGGCGGCAAAGCCAAGUGGCACCAAGUGGCGCUCUGGCGGGGUGACACUGUUUGAUCUGUGACUGUUUGGAAGGUGGAGCAGCGCCUGACAUCUCCCCCCGGGCGCGUGUGUGUCCGGGGGCUUCACUCCUCCGUCUUGUUUGCUUUCUUCCUCUCGGACUAAGUGCAGGAGGGAGAGGACAGCCUAGAUCGGCCUCUCUGGCGCACAAUGAGAAAGCUGCGACCCGCGCACUGAAAACACUCGCCGCGACCCCCGGACCGCGAGGAGAGGGGGAGAGAAAGUUGCGCUCGGAGACUCCCGGCUCGCGGAGGAAGGCGCGGGGCAGCGCCCGCAGCGGCGCCGGAGGAGCGCCCGCCAGCAGCCCCGCGGCGGCGGGAGGCGGCAGCAUGGAGCGCGGGCCGCGGGCCGGCCCUCCGAGCGCCCGCCGCUGCGCCCGCGGCCCGCGCCGGGGAUGACUCCGGGCUCGGCGCCCAGGCCCCGCGCGCUCCGCCCGCAGCCCGGCGGCCGGGACGCGGCCCGCGCGGCCGCCGCCGCCUCCUGAGCGGCCCCGGGCGCGGCGGUCCAUGCGAGCGGCUCCCCGCGGUCCGCGGCGCGCCCGGAGCCCGGAGCCCGCGGGGACGAGGCCAAAGUUGGGCUCGCCGCGGAGUUGCGCCCGCGCCCGGGGCCCCGCGUCCCCGCGCCCCGCGAACUCCGGCGGCGGCUGAGACGACGGCUGCGGCGGCCCGAGCAGCAUGCCGAGGAGGAAGCAGCAGGCCCCCCGGCGCUCGGCAGCUUAUGUUCCCGAGGAGGAGCUGAAGGCGGCAGACAUAGAUGAAGAGCGCGAGGAGGAGGAUGGGCUGUCCCUGGACGUCCAGGACAGCGACUACGUGGGCGGCGACGACGCGGAGGUCAAGGAGGCCCCCAGCUACCAGGACUCCCCCGUCAGCACGGCCACCAACCAGGACGCUGGCUACGGGUCGCCCUUCAGCGAGAGCAGCGACCAGCUGGCCCACUUCAAGGGCCCCCCCUCCCGGGAGGACAAGGAGGACCCGCAGGGCCCCCCCGACAGCGUCUCCUACCCCCAGGACAGCUUGGCUCAGAUCAAGGCCGUCUACGCGAACUUGUUCUCCGAGUCCUGCUGGUCCAGCCUAGCACUGGACUUGAAGAAGUCCAGCUCCACCACCAGCAGCAACGAUGUGGGCCCCAAGGAGACCUCCACCCCCGCCCCCACGCCGCCCGCCACGGCCGCGGGGCCGGCCGGCACCACCGCCAGCACCCCCGGCACCAGCACCAGCACCGGCAGUGGCGGCGGCGGCGGCGGCAGCGGCGCGGGUGGCGGCGGCUCGGGCUACGACUGGCACCAGGCGGCACUGGCCAAGACGCUGCAGCAGACGUCCACGUUCGGGCUGCUGCCGGAGCCCAGCCUGUUCAGCACGGUGCAGCUGUACCGGCAGAACAACAAGCUGUACGGCUCGGUGUUCACGGGCGCCAGCAAGUUCCGCUGCAAGGACUGCAGCGCCGCCUACGACACGCUGGUGGAGCUGACGGUGCACAUGAACGAGACGGGCCACUACCGCGACGACAACCGGGACAAGGACUCCGAGAAGACCAAGCGCUGGUCCAAGCCGCGCAAGCGCUCGCUAAUGGAGAUGGAGGGCAAGGAGGACGCCCAGAAGGUGCUCAAGUGCAUGUACUGCGGCCACUCCUUCGAGUCUCUGCAGGACCUGAGCGUGCACAUGAUCAAGACGAAGCACUACCAGAAAGUGCCUCUGAAGGAGCCCGUGCCCGCCAUCGCCAAGCUGGUGCCGUCCACCAAGAAGCGGGCCCUUCAGGACCUGGCGUCCCCGUGCUCCCCCGAGCCGGCCGGGGCCGCCGCCGCCGCCGCCACCGAGGCCGCCCUGAGCGAGGCGGCCAAGGACCAGAAGACCGCCAACCCCUACGUGACGCCCAACAACCGCUACGGCUACCAGAACGGCGCCAGCUACACCUGGCAGUUCGAGGCCCGCAAGGCGCAGAUCCUCAAGUGCAUGGAGUGCGGCAGCUCCCACGACACCCUGCAGCAGCUCACCGCCCACAUGAUGGUCACCGGCCACUUCUUGAAGGUCACCACCUCCGCCUCCAAGAAGGGCAAGCAGCUGGUGCUGGACCCCGUGGUGGAGGAGAAGAUCCAGUCCAUCCCGCUGCCGCCCACCACGCACACCCGCCUGCCUGCCUCCCACGCCAAGAAGCAGCCGGACUCGCCGGCGGGCUCCACGGCCUCGGAGGAGAAGAAGGAGCCGGACAAGGAGAAGGCGCCGGCGGCCGGCGAGGCGGACAGGAAGAUCAAGGAGGAGAGCGAGGACGCGCCCGAGAAGUUCGAGCCCACCGCGCUCUACCAGUACCUCCGCGAGGAGGACCUGGACGACAGCCCCAAGGGUGGCGUGGACAUCCUCAAGUCGCUGGAGAACACCGUCUCCACUGCCAUCAGCAAAGCCCAGAACGGCGCGCCCUCCUGGGGCGGCUACCCCAGCAUCCACGCGGCCUACCAGCUGCCGGGCGCCGUGAAGCCGCUGCCCGCCGUGCAGAGCGUUCAGGUGCAGCCGUCCUACGCCGGCCCUGGGAAGCCGCUGUCCGCGGAGCACGCCGCCCUCCUGCCCUCCCCGGGGAGCCUCACGCCGCCGCCCCACAAGAGCAACGUGUCGGCCAUGGAGGAGCUGGUAGAGAAGGUCACGGGCAAGGUCAGCGUGAAGAAGGAGGACAAGCCCGCGGAGAAGGACAAGGGCUCGCCGGCCAAGGCCGUGUCCCCCGUGGCCAAAGAGAACAAGGACUUCCCCAGGACGGAGGACGGCGGCGGCAAACCCCAGCCGAAGAAGGGCCCGGAGGCGGAGGGGGGCAAGGCCAGAAAGGAGGGCGGGGUGGACGCCCACACCCCCAACGGCACCGAACCCCUCAAGGCCAAAGUCACCAACGGCUGCAGCAACCUGGGCAUCAUCACGGACCACUCGGCGGAGCCCUCGUUCAUCAGCCCCUUGAGCGCGCUCCAGUCCAUCAUGAACACGCACCUGGGCAAGGUGUCCAAGCCCGUGAGCCCCGCGCUGGACCCCCUGGCCAUGCUGUACAAAAUCAGCAACAGCAUGCUGGACAAGCCUGUCUACCCUGCCACCCCCGCCAAGCAGGCCGACGCCAUCGACCGCUACUACUACGAGAACAGCGACCAGCCCAUCGACCUGACCAAGGCCAAGGGCAAGCCCCUGGUGUCCGGCGCCGCCGACGCGGUCUCCUCACCCCUGCGGGAGAGCGCGCUCAUGGACAUCUCCGACAUGGUGAAGAACCUCACGGGCCGCCUCACCCCCAAGUCCUCCACGCCCUCCACGGUGUCCGAGAAGUCGGACGCCGACGCCAGCAGCUUCGAGGAGGCCCUGGACGAGCUGUCCCCCGUCCACAAGAGGAAGGGCCGGCAGUCCAACUGGAACCCCCAGCACCUGCUCAUCCUGCAGGCCCAGUUCGCCUCCAGCCUGCGGGAGACGCCCGACGGGAAGUACAUCCUGUCGGACCUGGGCCCGCAGGAGCGGGUGCACAUCUCCAAGUUCACGGGCCUCUCCAUGACCACCAUCAGCCACUGGCUGGCCAACGUCAAGUACCAGCUGCGGAGGACAGGCGGGACCAAGUUCCUGAAGAGCCUGGACACGGGCCACCCCGUGUUCUUCUGCAACGACUGUGCCUCUCAGUUCAGAACUGCGCCCACGUACAUCAGCCACCUGGAGACGCACCUGGGCUUCAGCUUGAAGGACCUCUCCAAGCUGCCGCUCAGCCAGAUCCAGGAGCAGCAGGGCGUCCCCAAAGCCCUGGCCGCCAAGGCCCUGGGCCCCGUGGGGGCCGCCGAGGACGACCUGGGCUCCGCAUUCCAGUGCAAGCUGUGCAACCGGACCUUCGCGAGCAAGCACGCAGUCAAACUGCACCUCAGCAAGACCCACGGCAAGUCCCCGGAGGACCACCUGAUCUACGUGACGGAGCUGGAGAAGCAGUAGCGUCCCGGCGCGCGCCCGCGCGGGACCGGCCCCUUGCACUACCCGUGGUCUCCACACUGCACUAGGCCCGGCCGGAGCCGCCCACGUCAGCCUCCCCGGGGCUGCCGCACGGCCGGCCUGGACCUUGGGUUUUCUUACACAUAUUUUGUAGCUAUAUUUAUAUGCUCUCUGUCCGAUCGUGCAUGUUAUUUUUCUUUUUCCGUGAGUCAAAGUCUGACCUUUAUUUUCAACAUCUGUUCUCGGUGUUCAGCUAUCUUUUGUAAGUAACGGUGGGGCACACUCUCCGGAGACACUGACUUGGCAGGAAAGAGACACGCCAGUAACGACCAGAAAACAACAUCCGCACAGUAACCGAGUGGCCAGCCGUGGCCGUAACACAGGUCGCGGAGCCCAGGGGUGUCCGACUUGACCCAUUGGGGACUGUAAUCGCAUCUCUGUGCCUUUCACUCAAAAAAAAAAAAAAAAAGAAAAGACAAAAAAAAAGGCUUAAAGGCAUUUCAUUCAGAUCAAAAGCUGUGUCAGACACAAAACUUAUUUAAUAAUUAAAACGUGAGCUUUUAUAUGCAGAGCUGGUUUGCGAGGGGAAGAUGCAUGCAGCUACGGAAGACGGAAGGUUGUCUAGCACCGGCGGGGGUGGGGAGCCGCCGCUUCACACGUGCAACACAGAAGAAGAACACAAACAAACAAAGAAAAACUCACAGCAACAAACACCCCAGUUGCCACUAUGCCCAAACCCUCUGGAUGCUGAAAAAAAUGCCACUUUGGCAAAAAAAAAAAGUAUGCAAGCUAUUAUUUAAAAAAAAUGUGUAAAAAUGCUAUUCCUUUUUUUUUUCCUGUAAAAUACUGCGGUUUAUAGUUAUUUACAAAUGUAAGCUUUGGUACCAGCUGACCUUUCUAUAAUGUGCCGCACUGGCAAACGAGAAAAAAAAAUGGGGCAAAUGUUGGAGUGCUUUCCUUGUAAAUCGCCAGCAUCAGCUUACACACUCCUGUAUGUUACAUAUCGUACCAUUUUAAUCUACUCAACUUCCUUUGUACCUUCUGGCUGUAUGCUUUCUCUUUUAACUUUUUAUAUUGUCAUUUUAUAUUAAAUUUCUGUGUAUAUAAUGUAAAACCACACUUUUUGAAUAAAAUUUAGUUCCCGCAGCUUGAUUUAAAUAGAGAAAUUUUACUGGCAUUUGCAUCUUUCCAGAUGCAUGUAUAUCAGACAAAAAAAAAUGAAUAAAUGAAGACAGAGCAAGGCACUAUUAAUUAUACGUUUGAUGUUCCGUCAUUAAUAUUGUACAGUACGUUUGGGUUCACGCAAUUAAAUCCACUGUUUCCUCCAUUGUAAAAUAAAUCUUCACGCCGUUCUUGGUUUA